AUCCGUCCACUCCACGCCACCCGCCCGGCGCCGCGCCAUCUCGGCUACCCCCAUGCCUGGCCUCGAUUGGGACCUGAACCUGGACCCCGAGCUGCAGCCUGCAGGCCGCGGCCAGGCGCCUCAGCUUCUCCGACGCCAACUUCCCCUCCUCCCGCGGCGGGCUCUCGGACAUUGAGGUGCCGCGUCUGAAUCCGAUAUUCCACGCCACCUCGCGCAACCACAAGAACCGUCUCCCGACGAUCAACGAGAAUAGCUCCGAUGAACUUGCGAGGAUGCAGGCACCCGCCCUCGAGCAAUGCACCGGGCCUCCGCCAUCUCUGGGGACGGCCGGGUAGCUGUACCAGGGGUGGGGAGGGAUGCCGACGCCUACGGCCGGUGCGCCCGUGGCGACUUCGCUUCCCCUUGCGCCUCCUGGGUUAUCGCAGUCUCAGCAAUUGCUGGAGGCGGGAGCGGCGGCGCGGAUGUUGGAGCAACGGCGUCAUGCGGAAUUGCUUGGGCCGUUUGGGGAGCAUCGGCAGCGGCGCCAGCAGGCGUUGGCCGCGGAGGCGGGUUUGCAGCAGGCGUGGGCGGCGGCGGCGGCGCGGCCGCAGCCGCAGGUGCUGAUGCUGUACACGGUGGAUGGGGGUGCCGCCGGGUACGACACCAAGUGGGAGGACCUGCACCCGGUCUCCCAGGGGCUUCUCCUUCAAAUCGAGGACAGCAUUAGGGAGUACAGAUAUGAUAGUGAGCGGUUGGUUGAGUGCAGCCACCUUGAUCACCUAUCACCGUUCAAUUUUGAAUUUGAUGCUGGUCAGAUUAGUCAGCAGGAGGCUGCAUCUAUUUCUACCAUCAUGAACAGAGAGAAGAUUUCAAUUGAGAGCUUAAUGACUGUUAUCAAAGAAAUUUUAUGGAACACCGAUUAUGCUAUACAUUCCUAUGUAAAGCUGAGGCCAAGGUUUGUGCAUUUAAGUGCUGGAAUUGCUAAUCACUCUGGAUCUUCUGAUGCUCAGACUGAUUUCAGUCAGCUCUUGACUAUGGCACCAAGCUUUCAUUGUUAUAGUAGUGCUACAAGGAGGCCUUCUCCUUUUGUGCAACACACAGUUGCCAGGUUUGAGGAUCAACUUGGAGAAUGCUGCAAAUGGAUUCUAGAUCUAGAACAGCUUGUCCAGAUGAAGAAUGGUAAAACCUUUGCAGAAUCUUUGGAAUCUCUGUCAAAAGUUGUGUCUAAUAUCCAUGACUAUCUAAUGCAUGUGGCGUCUAAGGUGGAACAUAUUCAUCAGAGUGCUGAAACAAUGAAGACUCAGUAUCUGAAGGAUCGACGAUGCAGGGGUGAUUUGAGUAAUCCUUUUCACAAGGCAAAUAGAAGAGAGGAAGCUAAACAACAAGCAACUGCCGGAAUAAUCCAUCCGAUGUUGCAUCUAUCACCUCUAGGCCAGCCAACAACACUGGUUGCUGUGCCAAUGAUAUCAAGCCAGCUACAGCAAACUUUAUUCCCCAUCGUAGCAACUUCCCCAAACCCAGCUCUUCCACUGCCUUCUGUUUUGCCUUCAUUCAGCACGCAAACAAGUCCUGCUCCAUUAACCAACCCUUUCAGUUCACCUGGGUCUGUGUUGCAGUCGACACCAUUUGGUUCAUUAUCCUCACCUGAACUUGGAUCCAUGCUGGUUUCAUCUUCGUUCAGGACUGGCAUCCCAUCUUCUGCUACUUUGCCUUUCUCAAUACCAUACGAAGGUGGAAUGACAGCUUCAGGCAUCAAUCGAGUACCUUCCGGCGGAAGGAAGCCACCCAGAAGAAACCGCUAACUGUGCAUUUCAUAUUCUCUUUUUGGAGGUGUCAUGGCUGUGCACUGCUCACUCUUAGGGCUCGUCGGCGGCAACCACGUGAGAUAAUCUGUGACCUGGACUGGGUAUGGAGAAGCUGCGAAGAAGCAUCGCCCUGGCAAGUUGGCAACCAACCAACCACUUGAGGCUGGUCAAUGCUUUGCUUUGAGGCGUAGCAAAGUGUCGUCAUUGCAGCGCGUAAAACUAGUGGGUUGAAUGUGCUUCAGGGGUCUGUCUCUGUCUCAAGUGGAAACGGAACAGUUUCUUUUUCGGUGGUGGGAACUGGGGAUGCUCAGAAAUUUUGUGAAUUUUAGGGGUACUGUACAUGCUUUGGUAUAGCUGUGAUGUGAAUAUGGUGACUGUAACAACGAUUAUUAUUUGAUGGAAAGUGCGUAUAGAAAAGAAGGAUUGAUUUGACCAAA